AUGGAAACAACAAGAAAACAUAAGCAGGCCUUUCUUCCUUCAAAUUCUUCAAGACAUCGACGACGAUAUUUUAAUUACCUCCAAUUAAUGAAGAACCCAUUGUUUAGACGUGAAGACAUAAAGCUUGAUAAGCUCAUUAAAGAGAAGCAAGCUCAAUUAAACCGACUUCGUCGAAAAGCUAAUGAAAAACGACAGAAAAAUGUUGUUCGAAUGCAGUUGAAGAUGAUUUUCCCCGCCGACAUUGCAUUGGAGAAUUCAGGGCAUGAUGGUGGUGAUCCAUUAUUCGAUUUAAAACAAGUGUUGAGAAAAAUACGCAAAGGAAAUAUGAACGUGAUUCUUGAACAAGACACCGAUGAUGGUGACGUGAUCGAAGAUCAAAAAUUGUUAAAAGACAAGGAUGAAGAUUCUGAAAGCCAUAAUGAGUUCUUGGUAGUUCAACAGCUAACUUUCCAGCAACAAUAUUAA